GGACUGCAAAGGGUCACUCUAAAAAUUGCUGCUGGGGCUUGUCAGGUGGCUGCUGGUGGCUCCCCUUCUUCCUUCUCUCCCCACAGAUUGCUUCCCAAGGGGAGUCUGCUGCUGACACUUCAUCAUCACAAGUCGGGGACACCACUCAACACAGGAGGCAAGCUCUUAACUGUGAUCGUGUGUUUGCCAACAUGGCCCCCAAAAAGAAGACUGUCAGAAAGAACAAAGGAGAAAUCAAUGAGAUGACCAUAAUUGUAGAAGACAGCCCCCUAAGCAAACUAAAUGCUUUGAAUGCGAUCCUAGAGGGAGGCAAUGGCCUUAGCUGCAUUUCUUCUGAAUUAACAGAUGCUUCUUAUGGCCCAAACCUCUUGGAAGGUUUAAGCAAAAUGCGCCAAGAGAGCUUCCUUUGCGACUUAGUCAUUGGCACCAAAACCAAAUCCUUUGAUGUUCACAAGUCAGUGAUGGCUUCAUGCAGUGAGUACUUUUACAACAUCCUAAAAAAAGACCCAUCUACUCAAAGGGUAGAUCUCAACGAUAUCUCACCGCUGGGCCUGGCCACUGUCAUUGCAUAUGCCUACACCGGAAAGCUGACUCUCUCUUUGUACACAAUAGGAAGCAUUAUUUCUGCUGCUGUUUAUCUUCAGAUCCAUACCCUUGUAAAGAUGUGUAGUGAUUUUCUGAUACGAGAGAUGAAUGUUGAGAAUUGUAUGUAUAUUGCUAACAUUGCUGAGACGUACUCUCUGAAAAAUGCAAAAGCAGCAGCCCAAAAAUUUAUCCGGGAUAACUUCCUUGAAUUUGCAGAGUCAGAUCAGUUUAUGAAACUUACAUUUGAGCAAAUUAACGAACUCCUUAUAGAUGACGACUUACAGUUGCCUUCUGAAGUAGUAGCAUUCCAGACUGCUAUAAAGUGGUUAGAAUUUGACCAAAAGAGAAUGAAAUAUGCUGCAGACCUUUUGAGCAAUAUUCGCUUUGGUACCAUCUCUGCACAAGACCUGGUCAAUUAUGUUCAGUCUGUACCAAGAAUGAUGCAAGAUGCUGAUUGUCACAAACUUCUUGUGGAUGCUAUGAAUUACCACUUACUUCCGUAUCAUCAAAACACAUUGCAGUCUAGGCGCACGAGGAUCCGCGGGGGCUGCCGGGUCCUCAUCACUGUUGGGGGACGCCCAGGCCUUACUGAGAAAUCCCUUAGUAGAGACGUUUUGUACAGAGACCCUGAAAAUGGAUGGAGCAAGCUUACAGAGAUGCCUGCCAAGAGUUUUAAUCAGUGUGUGGCUGUGAUGGAUGGAUUUCUCUAUGUGGCUGGUGGUGAAGACCAGAAUGAUGCAAGAAAUCAAGCCAAACAUGCAGUCAGCAAUUUCUGCAGAUACGACCCCCGCUUCAACUCCUGGCUCCACCUGGCCAGCAUGACCCAGAAGCGCACGCACUUCAGCCUGAGCGUGUUCAACGGGCUCCUCUACGCCGUGGGCGGCCGCAACAUCGAGGGCAGCCUGGCCUCCACGGAGUGCUACGUGCCCUCCACCAACCAGUGGCAGCCCAAGGCGCCCCUGGAGGUGGCGCGCUGCUGCCACGCCAGCGCGGUCGCCGACGGCCGAGUGCUGGUGACGGGCGGCUACAUCGGCAACGCGUACUCGCGCUCCGUGUGCGCCUACGACCCGGCCGGAGACUCGUGGCAGGAGCUGCCGAGCCUGAGCACGCCGCGCGGCUGGCACUGCGCCGUCGCGCUGGGCGACAGGGUGUAUGUGAUGGGGGGCAGCCAAGUGGAUGCGCGCGGGGAGCGCGUGGACGUGCUGGCCGUGGAGUGCUACAGCCCCGCCGCCCGCCAGUGGAGCCACGCGGCGCCGCUGCCCGUGGGCGUGAGCACGGCGGGCGCCUCGGCGCUGCUCGGCCGCGCCUACCUGGUGGGCGGCUGGAACGAGGGCCAGAAGAAGUACAAGAAGUGCAUCCAGUGCUUCCACCCCGAGCUCAACGAGUGGACGGAGGACGACGAGCUGCCCGAGGCCACCGUGGGCGUGUCCUGCUGCGCCCUGGCGAUGCCCAACCACGUGGCCCGGGAGUCCCGCGCCAGCUCCGUGUCCUCCGUGCCAGUCAGUAUCUGACGGCCAGGCAGAGGCGGAAGAACAACUGUUGAUUCGUGGUGAACCUCUGAGCUAGCGCAAAGGAAAAUAUGUAACAUUUACUGCAACGGUUGUAGUUUCAAAUAUAUCGAGGCACGCGUCUUGAUGGUUUUAAUUCCUGGUAUGGCAUGAUCUACCUCCUUUUUUUUUCUUCUUUUUUUCCUUUUUUUCUUUUUCUUUUUUUUUUAAGCAAAAUUCAGGGCCUUUGCCAACAAAGAAAAGUAGAAUUUACUCCAGCGGCCACUGGGUGGCAGGCAGAGUCGUUGUAGGCACUCUCCCACGUGGCAUGUUUCCCAAACGUAUAGCGGUUACACCCACAUUUGAGAAGUUCCCUCUUUGCUUAAGUACUUACUACUUAGGACCCUUAGGUGAGUGAUUGGUUUCAUGUACAUGGUUAUUUCCCCCUCUCUUUUCUUUUAGGAAGCCGAAAAUAGUCAUUGAUAGGUUUUAUUGUAAAAUGGAACUCCAUAAUGAGACUUAAGGUUUGAUUCCCUAUUUUAGUGAAGUUCCUUUUCCUGUCCAUGACUGAGUGAAGGAUCUUGAAACACAUCCCAUGACCACAUCCUAAAGCUUAUGGCAAAUUCUGACUGGAAAGUAAGGGGAUUCCACCCGGGGUUGUCAAGGUGACGCCUUAGGGUUAUCCCUAAGCCAUUUCUUCCCUAUGCCUCAAGCCCUGGUGUAUUCCACUAUAUGAGUCUGCUCUCAAAGUAGGAACUGAUGCUAGUCAUCUAGUUUCUGGUGUAAAUUUGAGUCACUUGUCCUUUCGCCUAGAAGUAUUUGCACUUUAAGCCAUGCUCCCUAUUAAAGGAAUUGCAAGUACCUUGGGAGCCUUACUCUCACCCUAAAAACCCAUGCCAAGAUGACUAAAAGCAACCUUGACCCUAAUGUACUAGGUAUGCUCCAGGAAGAACACCAAAUAAAACUAUGUCCUUAAGGAUCAUUAGCUUCAAGCUUAUAUAGCCUGAAGGUUAUAUAAGCUAAUAACAAUAAUUUGAUUUCGCCCACACUUUUACAUAGAUGAAAAUGGAAACAUAUGGAAUUCUUGGAUAACAGGACGAGUGGGUUGUACUGUUGGUAAAUGCCAUUGUUUCUCA